AUGGAUGAGGUUUUCUCAUUACACAUGGAAAAGCUCGAUGUCUACGAUGUACUUCUCCUGGCCGGCAUUCUCUCGGUGAUAAUUUUAAUAUGUAUUUAAUUUAAAUGCUAUUUUAUUUCCAAGCACGUCAAAAAUGUAGCCCAACAAAUGCAAUGUCGUUGUGAAAUUACAACGCGAAUGAUGUACCAAAGCGUAAUUUGUAAAACAUAUGUGGCGAACUAGUGUUGAAAAACGAGCAACACGGCAGCUAGAGAUGCGGUAUUAUUAUACAAUUAAUCUACCAAGUUGAAUGUACUAACAAAAACAAAAAAUAAUUUUAGCAUCAUUUAUGUACAAUAGUUAAAGAAAGAAAUUAAUCGUUAGUAACCUCCAACAACAA